GUGCGUGCGUGCGCGCGCGGCGGCCGCUGAGCGGUUUGUUUUGCUGACGGUCCGUGCGCCCCGCGGAGGCGGUGAAGGGGAGAGCCCGGGCCCCCCCCGCCCCAUCCCGGUCCCGCCGCGGGGAGGAGCCGGAGAGGGGCCGCUGCAAGGAGACGUUGGCGGCAGUGGCCCGGGCCUGGGAAUGCGGCGGCGGCGGCUCUGAGCCCUCCCCCCCGGAUCCCGGCCGCCAUGGAGCCGCGGCCGUGACAGCCUGGGGCCGGAGACAGCGCGCCGGAGAGCCGCCAAGCCCCUCGCCCCGCCUGGGCGCGGGCCCGGCCGCCGCCGAGAUGGAUGAGGAGGAGGAGGAGGCAUUGAACUCCAUCAUGAAGGACUUGGUUGCACUCCAAAUGGGCCGGCGUCACAGGCUGCCUGGCUUUGAUACCAUGAAGAAUAAAGACACUGCUCAUUCCAACAAACAGAAAAAACAUAAUGCCAGCAGUCCAGCCCUCCUGAGCAACCCUACAAUAACAAACCAGUGUGCCUGUGCAGUAGAAGAAAAAAAAAUUCCGAUUGAUGUAAGGAUAAAGUUUGAACAUAAUGGGGAAAGACGAAUUAUUCCAUUUGUCCGACCUGUGCGAUAUGAAGAUGUACAGCAGAAAGUGAAAACAGCCUUUGGCCAACCACUGGAUCUCCACUACAUGAACAAUGAGUUAUCUAUUCCCUUAAAAAAUCAAGAUGACCUGGAUAAAGCAGUAGAUAUCUUGGACCGAAGCUCAAAUGUGAAAAGCCUUAGAAUAUUACUGCUGUCCCAGGACAGAAACCAUACUAGUUCUUCACCACAUUCGGGGCUGCCAAAACAAGUCAGGAUCAAAACUUCCCAAUCUAUGGGGGAUGUGAACACAGCCUACCAGCCGCAAGAGCCCAGAAGUAGGCUCCUGUCUGUCAGUUCUCAGAACACAGGCCGAAGUUCACCUCCCCCUGGGUAUGUUCCAGAGAGGCAACAGCGAAUUGCUCGCCAGGGGUCUUACACCAGCAUAAACAGUGAAGGCGAGUUCAUCCCAGAGACCAGUGAACAGUGUAUGUUGGACCCUCUAAGCAGUGCUGAAAAUUCCAUAUCAGGAAGUUGUCAGUCCUUGGACAGAUCAGCAGACAGCCCUUCUUUUCGGAAAUCACGGAUGUCCAGAGCGCAAAGCUUCCCCGACAACAGACAGGAAUUCUCAGAUCGUGAGAAUCAAAUCUAUGACAAAGCAGGGAAAGGGGGGACAUACCCUCGGCGCUACCAUGUCUCCAUGCAACACAAAGAUUACAGUGACGGCCGGAGGACAUUCCCCCGGAUACGGCGGCACCAAGGGAACCUAUUCACGCUAGUGCCAUCAAGCCGCUCCUUGAGCACCAAUGGGGAGAAUCUGGGCCUGGCAUUGCAGUACCUGGACCCCCGUGGGCGCCUGCGGAGUGCUGACAGUGAGAAUGCCCUUACUGUGCAGGAAAGGAACAUCCCAACCAAAUCUCCAAGUGCCCCAAUAAACUGGCGACGAGGGAAACUUCUGGGACAGGGUGCCUUUGGUCGUGUGUACUUGUGCUACGAUGUGGACACUGGCAGAGAGCUUGCAGCUAAACAGGUCCAGUUUGACCCAGACAGUCCUGAAACAAGCAAGGAAGUGAGCGCUCUGGAGUGUGAGAUCCAGCUGCUGAAGAAUCUCCAGCAUGACCGCAUUGUUCAGUAUUAUGGCUGCCUCCGGGACCGAGCGGAGAAGACCUUGACCAUUUUCAUGGAGUAUAUGCCUGGGGGUUCAGUGAAAGACCAGCUGAAGGCCUAUGGUGCACUGACGGAAAACGUGACCCGGAAGUACACCCGCCAGAUUCUUGAGGGCGUCUCCUACCUUCACAGCAACAUGAUCGUGCACAGGGACAUAAAGGGAGCCAAUAUUCUCCGUGACUCUGCUGGGAAUGUGAAGCUUGGGGACUUUGGGGCCAGCAAACGGCUGCAGACCAUCUGCAUGUCUGGAACAGGUAUCCGCUCUGUCACCGGCACGCCAUACUGGAUGAGCCCAGAGGUGAUCAGCGGAGAGGGUUAUGGAAGGAAAGCGGAUGUAUGGAGUCUUGGCUGCACUGUCGUUGAGAUGCUGACCGAGAAACCACCCUGGGCAGAAUAUGAAGCCAUGGCAGCCAUUUUCAAAAUUGCCACCCAGCCAACCAACCCCCAGCUCCCUUCUCACAUAUCAGAACAUUGCCGGGACUUUCUAAAGCGAAUCUUUGUGGAAGCCCGGCAGAGACCUUCAGCCGAAGAGCUGCUCAGACAUCACUUUGCACAGCUCCUGUACUGAAUUUACCUCCCGUGCCAGCCGUUCACUCUGGGCUUUCAAUGCCCCUGUCUGGUGAAACCAUGCAAGUGACCGUUGUGGAGCUGUGUCUUCAAAAUGCUGUCUCAGCUGUCCUAGUCCUCUGGCAACUGAUGCUGAGGAACCCGGGGUGUGGCCUUGUGUCCUGGUAUGUUUUGCUGGACUGAUGCUCAUUCUGCCGAUGGCUGUGCAACACAGAGCUGCAUUUUGUCCUUGUUAUCUUGUUGUGAGGUGGCAGUUGGCUGCAUGUUUUCUGCAGGCACAAGCAGAGGGAUCUAGGAAGCUUCUUGUUGAAUGUACAUAGGCAACAGAAAUCUGGACCAAAGUGGGAACUGGAGGAGCUAUGGUCAGAGUAGGAACAUACGACAGCCACCCAAACCAGCUCUCCACAGGGGGCUUUACAGUGUGGAUCGCUCUGUUUUCCAGACUGCUAGGUCUUUCCAGGCUUCUACAGUACAAGAAUCCAGCAAAGCCAUGUGUCAUUGAGCAUGCGCUCUAUAUAUAAUGAUAUAUUUUUCUUCUUAAGUAUUCAGCAUCUGAAGGUGUUCAGAAAAUAUUGAUUCAGAAAAUAUGUGAAUAGUAUUAUUUUAUAAUGAUCCCUGGGGUUCGGGGUGGGAGGGGGAGUUGUUUUGCUAUCCAAAUGUCAGGAUAAUUAGGAAGUUCCAGCAGAACACAUGCUUUAUAGGGCCUAUGCUAAAGGGCUCUCCCAGCGAGGGUAGGGAGUCCAUACUUGACUUUCAAGGCCAAUGUUAUCCUAGCGUCAGGACAAGGUGUCCUCACUGUACCUCCCUAAGACUUCUUGUUCCAAACAAAACUCUUCUGGAAGGGAGAGUUUGCAGGACAGCUUUCUGCUGCACCUGUCUUUCCAAGGGAUAAACAAUUUAUACCAAUCCCUUAAACCAAAGAUGAUUUCAAUGCUGCCAGAGAACUUACUUCAGGGAAAGGUUAAAUACUUGCAUUAGGCCAGACUGGCAAAGCUACAUGAAGAAAAUGAGUUGCCCUUUCUUGCAUAGGGAGGAGUUUGCUGGACACUAAUUCACUGGGCGUUCUAGGGUGAAACCAAAGGUGAUCUUUCCCCGCAUGUUUCGGUAUAUGCGGAAAUGUUCGUUUCAGGUUUCCACCAUCUUU